UGGGUUACGAAGGGGCAGACGAUGCCGAAUUCGAAUGGCAAUUUCCUCAUGGAGUGCAAGCUGUGUGGUCAGGGUUUUCAGGGGAGCCAGACGAAAGCCGCACARCACUUCAYGAUCAAGAACAAUUGCCCCAAAAUCUYYGUGGAGCAGAUGGCGGAGAUAUGGAACAAGACAAAGUACGGGUUCGAUCCAAGCCAUGCACGGAAGAUCAUGGACUUUCUGAAGUCUCGUGGGUUGCGAGACAACAGAUGUAGAUCGGGGAGGGAGCCGGCGGGGAAUGAGGAGUUUGAGGACAGCGAGGAGGAGAGGAGGGCGGUCGAGGGUGGAGAUGAUGAUGGUGAGAGUGAUGCAGAGGACAUGGAGGUGCGGCGAGAGGUGGAGCGCGCCAGGGGAAAGUUGAGGAAGGAGAAGGCCGUUGACGAGGACAGCACCCCUAACGAGGACGCCGAUGACGAUGAUGACGAUGAGGGAGCAGACCUUGGGGCCUCUCUGGAUGGGGGGUUGAUGGGCGAUGGCCGUCGUGGCCAAGAGGGGGCAGCUAGGGCGAUGAAGGAGGCUGUGGGAUCGAAGAAGAGAAAGAGGAAGGCGAAGAUGACUACCACUGAGGCGAGAUCAGCACCUUCUGAGCCCAAAAAGAGCAGAGUUCUUCGACAGACGUCCAUGCUGGAGACCUUCGAUCCAGUGUGGCAACGAGAAUUCUCGGACUCCGUCCUGCAGUGGUGGGACAUUGAGGCGACGGGAGCGACCAUCCUCACGGAUGGUCGCAAGUCCAUCACGAGCGACCAGAUAGUCAACUUCCUUGCUGCUGGUCCCACGGGCGCGUACCUUUUCAUAACUGUGCAGCGGGAUGGUGCUCUUCAGGAGACAGCAGAGGCCGUAGUGGAGCGAUGGAAGGACGUGUUCGACAAGUUUGGUGUCGACAAGGUGAACGCCAUUUGUACUGAUUCCGCGUCUGCGUAUGUUGCUGCGUCCAAGCUCCUCGCCCAGGAGGAAGUCAAGAACAACCGCAUCACUUGGCUUUCGUGUGCGGUCCAUGUCUGCAACUUGUUGUUGUCAGACAUCGCGAAGGAUGGGCACGACGGGAGCCUCGGAAAGAGGGAGGACACCAUCAUCAGGGCUCGAGCUGUCGUGCGUUUCAUCAGAGAGCGCGGGGCGGCUUUGAGCCUUUAUCGAUGGUUCUCUGCCGCCCACCCCUCUUCCGCCUCCGCGGCGGCUGGUGGUUCGAGCUCUGCGCCACCCUCGUCUCAGCGAGCGUUGAAGGCGUUGAUUAUGAGCGACGAUUGGCUGCGGACUGCAUGGAGGAGGUCCAUUUUUCUGCAGGCCAGAUGGGUGCGUCAUCAGGUGCGGUACGCGCCAUUCUGGGAGCACGUGGAGGACAUCGUGGCGCUCAUGACGCCUGUAAUGCUGUUGCUACGGCGUCUGGACAGAGGGGGUCGCAUGAUGACUCGCAUGUGGUCGUGGGGUUUUAUCAUGGUCGACAGGGUGGCGAGAGCAAGCCUUAACAGGACGUCGAAGGACGAGCUCCACAUCGUUGUUCAGGCUUGUCAGGCGCGGGUCGCUCAUUUGUUGGAGCCCGCACAUUGCAUGGCCCACCUCCUCAAUCCGCGGCAGAGGAGCAUUACUUUUUUUGGAGCGGCGAGGCGUACCGACCACGAGCGGAUACUGGCAGACGAGUCGUUGCGAUACCUUCGCCAGCAGACUGGUGGUGACGAGGAUUUGUAUCAGACGUUGCGCACGCAGCUGGCGGAGUUUUAUUCUCGGGAGGGCGAUUGGACGUAUGGAGGGGCCGAGGGAGAAAGGGAUGCGGCUGCCUGCAAAGGGGAGAAGGAGACGUCACAGGUGGGGCAGUGGUGGGUUCAGCACGGAGACGGGGUCCCUCUCCUUCAGAGCAUCGCCAUUCGCUUGUCGCACACACGGACGUGCGCCUCUCCGGCGGAGAGGAAUUGGGCCGUCCAUGAGCGUGUUCAGGUGAAGAGGCGCAAUCAGCUUGGUUUCAUCAAGCUGACUCGUUUGGUGGAGAUAUCCACCAACUUGAGAUUGAGUCGUUGUCAGGGGAUGGGUUCUGGGUACGUUCUUCCAUGGGAGGAUGCUGAGGAGGAGACAGAGGACGCUAUUCCUCCGCCUCGUGAUGAGGGUGUUCGGCCGGCUGACCGAGUCACCGAGGCACAGCGCGACCGGCAGGUCCAGCGCGGGCGGAAGGAUCGCCUUUCAAAGGCACCUCCCGGCGUCGCGACGUAUUUCGGUCAUCGCGCCACGGUGCUCAUGGCGCAUGAGUUGGAGUCGGUGUACGAUCCCGAGCCUAAUCCCAUGGCUCAGAACGCGAUGGAGGCCGAGCCGUGGUCCGAUCCGGACGACCUGGCCGUGGAAUCAGAGCCAGGAGGUUCUAAUGACGAUGACGACGACACUCCUCUCUUCCAGAUUCCGCGUCCUCGCACACGUGCGUCCACGGCGGCCGCUGCACCGUGUCCCGCAGCACGCCCUCCUUCGAGUGCUCCCGACGUCUCACAGCCAGGCCCGGCGGACCGUGUCGAGAGCAGUACGCCACACCCUUCGACCGAUCGUCGCGAACAGGGAGGGACUUGCGAGCGUGUCGACGAGGGAGACGACGGCGAUGGCGACGAUAGGGAGGGAUAUGAGGGCAGCAGUGAGGAGGAGGAUGAUCCCUGUUAUUCCCCGAAACGCGGACAUGGUGACGACGACGACAACGAGGGCGGCGACAGUGGACAGGCUGUGGGUGGUUUGCGGAAGUCCGAGAGACAGCGUGGCGACCGAUGCAGUGGUGCAGGCAGGGGAGGCAGCAGGCCGGGUGUUGGGGGUGCAGGGCGCACAGGUGGUGCAGGGCGUGCUGGCACAGGAAAAGUAAGGCGAGAGUCUGCAUCGUCCACACACACUGUGCAUUGGGUUGAUGAGGAGAGGCCCGCUGAGGCAGCUGUGGUUGCUCCCUCCCCUAUGGAGGUUGCUCCCUCCCCUGCAGAGUUCGCUGCGGCAUUUGGGGAGGUUGCUCCCUCCCCUACAGAGUUCGCUGCGGUGUCUGCAGAGGGCGCAGCGGCGUCUGCGGAGGGUCCAGGCAUUUUGCGGGUGGUAGUGGCGAUGCUGGAGAGGUUUGGAGGCCAUCUGCACAGGUGGGAGCGGGCGACAGAGUCAGAGCAGGACAGGAUCGACCGCGAGGAGAGGAGGAGGGCGCAGGGGUUGGCUAGCCGCUGUGAGAUGACGCGGAGUGUUGCAUCGAGGGCACGUGUAGCGCGGAUGCUCGAGACGGGCGUUGAGGCAGGUGAUGCAGAGGGCGAGUGCGACACUGCGGGCAUAGGGGAUGCGGGCGAGAGACUUGCGUCGCCAGUUCAGGGUGUUUGCGUUUUGCCUCUCGGUGGGGCCAUGCCGGCGGGGGAGUUGGAGCGGCAGGCACGGGAGGACCCGUUGCAGGCAGAUCACCGGGGACGGAUGACCAAGGCAUCGAGGAGACUGAUGGCAGAGGCCCUGGCCUACGUGCCUUGCAGCCCGUCAGUGCCAUCGUCCACCACAGGUGUCAGCACACCCGCAUAUGUGGAGGGCACAGUCGCGGCAGAGGCGGUACGAGGCCCCUCGCCAACCCCUGCCGGGGAGUCUCCUUCUCCUCAGUCACGGAAGAAGAAGAUGAGAGCAGGGAAAAAUCUUAACGCAGCAGGAUGGCAGGAGAGGGUCUCCGACCGAGCGACGGAUCAGCCCAUGAGCGCACCUGCUGAGGCGACGUUGCCACACACUGCAGGGCGUACAGCGGGCACCGGCGACCACGCCGAGCACAGUGCGCCCCCCGGGAGGAGCAUGGCUGCACGUAUAUUGCAGGAGGAUGUGAGGGCAUCGACAGUGCAGCGACCAUCACAGGCGCCAGUCGUUUGGGAGUCUGGCACAGACGAUUUGGAGAUGCCUUAUAGCCAGCGGAGGAGGGUUUCCGUGUAUGAUCUUCUUCGAGCACAGGGAGGGGUUGAGGCAGCGCCACAGGGGGAGAUUCAUGCUCCGGAUACUACGCACGCGCCGGCAGGCGGCACAGGUCGUGGGGAUGGUGUGAUAGGUGUGGUGCCGCAGAGGAGGAGGAAGGACAUUGUGGACAACGAUGAUGCAUAGUUCCACCAUUAGUCUUCUUUCAUCCUCUAAUUCGUAGCAGUGUACAAUAUAUUUAGUGCUUGAGACGAGGCCUUGUGUUCGUAGGAGUGGUCUGUGCAAGUCGUCAUGACUGCAUUUGUAUUUGUAUAGGUGGUUAGACUAUUGUAUACUAUUUCCAUGCACGGGUGCAGUUUGUUUUGUUUCUUGUUUUAUUUUAUCAUCGAUGUUGUAGAGGAUUGCACUUUUUUGAGUAUUUCUUCAGACACGGGCUCAGUAGGUGCAGUGCUCACAGUU